GAAUUGACAAUCUUAUUUGAUCAUUUAGCAGAUGCAGAGUUCACAGCAAAUACAUCUCAUCACGCACAAAUUGGAGCAUGCUUGACAAGUUUACGAAUGAGCGGAUGGGAUAUGAGUAGUCAGGCAUUGACGAUCGCAAGUGGAUUGUUCUUACAGAAAGCUUUACCGGUUCAUGUCCCACAAACACUUUCCAAGGAAGAAAUUAAAAGUCAACAUGCCAGUGACGAAUGGUCAAAGGUUUUCCCGAUUGAAGGCGAUGAAGGAUAUCAGGGAAGCUUGGAUUUGGUAGGCACCGGCGGAGAUGGACAUGAUACAUACAAUGUUUCUACCACAGCUGCGAUCGUUGCUGCUGGUGUACCAGGUGUUCGGGUUUGCAAACAUGGAGCUCGUGCUUCUUCGUCUUCUUCAGGUUCAGCAGAUUUGCUAGCAGCUUUGGGUGUCCCUCUAGCCAAUCUGACGCCUUCGACAAUGCCAAGACUGCUACCCAACUCGUCGUUCACUUUCUUGUUUGCUCAACUGUUUCACCCUUCCAUGGCUCCUCUGGCUCCGAUUCGACGUUCUUUAGGUUUCCCAACGAUCUUCAACGUCUUGGGACCUCUAGUCAACCCUGCUCGGCCAAAGCGUAGUGUGAUGGGCGUUCACAGCUGGGGAUUAGGUCAAACGUUUGCUGAAGCAUUACGUGAGAGCAAAUGUGAACGUGGUUGGAUCGUUUGUGGAAGAGAAGGAUUGGAUGAAAUUUCACCGGAAGGAGAGACUGAUGUUUGGGAAUUGCGAAAUGGUGAAAUAAAGCACUCGGUCAUCUCUCCUGCUUCGUUUGGUUUGCCUGCUCAUCCUUUGGCCCACGUCAAAUCAGGAACUGCAGCUGAGAAUGCAUGCGUUGCACGAUACCUGUUCGAACCCAAGACACACAGUGGACCAAUUCCCAAGGGACCACUCCCUGACGCUUUGACGUUCACUUCAUCUCUCGAUGGUAAGGAGUAUUCUAUCCCUGCAGGAACACAUUUGGACGCCCUGUUGGAUUAUGUGCUUCUUCAGACGGCAGCUUUACUUUAUGUGGCCGGCAAAGGAGCAACACUUUCGCAAGCUGUCACUUUAGCCCAUUCUUCUCUUGCAUUCGGAGGUGCAAUCAAAGCCUUAGAUCAAUUAUCUACAGAAGCAAAACGUGCCGGUCAAGCUGUUGAGAGUGAACAA